AUGUUAGAACUGAAUAACUAUUGGAAAGAUCUUUUGAGUUUAAUUGUCGAGCGCAAAAAUCACAUGAUCGGAGCUGUAGAGGGAUUUCAGCACAAUCCAUUUGUGCCACAAUUAAUUGUGGGAUUUGCACCACAGCUACUGGGUUUUGAAAAUAUUAUGAAGCGAGCAAUAAACUCGGUAGGCGGGGUUGAACUCAAACCCUUCGGAAAUUGUGAAGAACUUCGUUUCGAAAUGAUAAACGAAAGUCUUUUGGUUGGUGUUUGUUUCGAAACGUUCAAUGAUACAAAAUCCCAUCAUCACGAAGAUGAAUCCCAUCUACAUACAUUGAUCGCUGGGCUAUAUCCGAACUUCUUGAAAUAUAAUCUAAUCUUUCCGUAUGCCUGCAGGGUCUAUCAUGAUACGUUUAUCGGUAUUAGUUGGCACACCAAUUCCCUGUAUCAUUUUAUUAAUCGCACGGCUCAAAGGAAUAUUGGCCUAGAGGAUGGCGGUUAUGUCGGAUAUAUACGCGAAGGUUUCGCUUCUUUACAAAAUGCCAUAUCUGUCUCGUAUUUGGAAUUAAUUGCAAAGAGUUUGAAACCUGAAUUCAUGAUACCAUCCAUUUAUAUGAGCCGUUAUCCUUCAAAAGAAUUCGUCAAGGAUGAUGUCGUCGAAAGCAUUGAUUUCAGCCUAUCUCUAAUGAUGUUGUUUGGUAUUUAUUAUCCGGUUCUAAUAUGUGUAUCCUACAUUGUCCAAGAGAAAGAAAAUAAACUGAAAACCUAUUCUCGAAUUAUGGGUGUAGCGAAUUAUCUACAUUUUAUGGGCUGGGUGGCUGAUGCGUUUAUGAGGGCAAUGUUAAGCAGUUUGGUUGUUGUUAUAUUACUCAAGAUCAAAUGGUCGAACGGAGUUGCCAUAUUGGAUCAAAGUGGAUUCUUUGCCAUGCUAAGUGUUAUUUCAAUUUACAAUAUGGCCAGCAUUAGUUUUGUGCUGAUGAUCUCGUCGUUUUAUAAGAAAACUCUGGGUGCAGUGGCGGGUACUGGCAUCCUAUGGUUUGCCACUUUUAUACCCUAUAUACUCUCCCUAAAUUCCCUAAGAGUUGCAGUGUGGGAAAUGAAUUUCUUCGUUAUGGUAUUCCACAACACCGCCAUGGGUUAUACGCUGGAAAAUAUCAUCGAAUUUGAAUUAUAUGGUGAGGGAUUUGAUUUUGAUCACCUCUUCGAUACCCGUCCAUUGGAUAAUACCCUAUCGACUGCUUACUAUUUGGGUAUCAUGAUGAUGCAAUGCUGUAUCUAUGCCUGCAUCAGCCUCUAUGUGGAAGAAUUAAUGCCGGGUAAUUUUGGUGUGGCCAAGCGGUGGGAUUUUUUGUUCACUUUCAAAAAACAUGGCAGUGUAUUUUUGAACCUGAGAUCGUCAGCGAAGUGGAGAAGAAGAACCGAUAGUGGUAGUAGUGGUGGUGGUGCUGGGGGUAGUGGCGGAGGUAGUGCCACUGGAAGUGCUCUUGGUACAUCGGGUAGCAGAUCCACGGCAUUUGUCUAUGAAAUAGCUGGCGGAAGAAAUCCCACCUUGGUGGAUAUACAAAAUGUUUGCAAAUCUUAUGGGGAAGAGGAGGUGGUACUGAGCAACAUUAAUCUGCAGUUGCAUAAUAAUGAAAUUACAAUUCUGCUGGGUCACAAUGGAGCAGGGAAAUCGAUGUUGUUAUCGAUAAUAGCAGGCCUGGUACCCCUGACUUCUGGCUCAAUUACCAUCGACGGUUUUGAUAUUAUCAAAGAUCAACGUUAUGCCCUUGCUUCGCUGGGCCUUAGUAUGGGUGAUUCGGUAUUAUAUCCUGAUCUCACGGUUGAAGAUCAGUUACGUUUUAGUGGCUAUCUUAAAGGUAUGGUGAGCCAGGAAGUGGAAGAAGAGUUGGAAAAAUAUUUAAAUGCCACAAAACUUAAAGAUUAUCAAAUGCGAAUGACAAAAAAAUUGCCGCAGGGUGUUAGGCAACAAUUGGCCAUCUGCUGUGCCCUGAUGGGUCAGAGUCGUGUUAUUUUAAUGGACUCCCCGAUGACUCAUAUGGAUUUACCCAGCUGUAAUAUGAUGUGGAAAUUGCUGAAUGAUGAGAAAAUCAAUCGAUCGAUUUUGAUAGCCACCACCAAUUGUCAAAUGCUGGAGAAUAUUGGUGAUCGGGUUGUAAUCAUAUCCAAUGGAAGGCUGCAAUGUGAUGGGACACCGAGUUUUAUUAAGAAAAUGUAUGGCCAUGGAUAUCGAUUGAUAAUCCUCAAAUCUCCCGGAUGCAAUGUUGGCAAAAUAACCGAACACAUACGACAACAUAUACCACAAAUAAUACCCCUGUCGAAUUUGGGUAAUGAACUCAUCUAUUCAUUGGAGGAAAAAUAUUCAGAGGUCCUCGAAGCUUUAACCAAUGACUUAGAGAAAAAUAUGUCGAAACUCGAUAUAGAAACCGUAACGCUAAGUUCAAUACAAAUUGAAGAUAUCUUCUAUAAACUUGGUGCGGCUACACCAAGUCAUGAACAUCGGCAGCGGCUAAUGGAAAUAAUGAAUGGUGAAUCCUGCUAUCCCGAAGAAAAUAAACGUUUACUUUUUAUGGAUAUCACUGAGCGCCUGAAAGGUCUAUACCGUUUCCGACAACAAUUCCAUGGUUUGUGGCAUCAACGUGUGCUGUAUGCCUAUCAUUAUGGCGAUCACUAUCUGCGGCGGAUAAUAUAUCCGCCGAUUUGUGUAAUGAUUGCCUUUUUCAUUUCCGCAUUUGGCUUAAGUCAAACGGAAAUGCCUGUCAUUGAUAUAAGUCUCGAUCAAUAUCCAUCAAGUGUUACCCUCAUCGAUAAGAGGCCAAUGGAAACAAAUGAUAAUUAUGUUACUGAAAUUAUGGAUCGAUAUAAGGAGUUAAUUUUCUGGCUGGGUAUUCAACAUAAAUUGGAAGAGACCGACGGUGUACUGAUGUCCGACUAUUAUAUUGACAAAGAUGUUAAGACCCUAGAACGUAUGGAUCAGGAUCAUCAUGUGGGUGUCACUUUCGCUGAUGAUUACAUUAUUGCCUGGUUUAAUAAUGUGGCAUUGCAUUCAGUGCCGUUGAGUUUGAAUUUGGUACAUAAUGCCAUUUUGAGGUCCCUCUAUGGUGACCAAUGCGGCAUUGAAGUGGCCAUGGAACCCUUGAAUAACAUGAAAAAUCACAUUGACGGCCUGCUACGUGUCACCAUCAAUACCAGCAAUGUUCUGGCCGUUUGCAUUUCGGUGUGUCUCUGCU